UUGUACUUUUUAUAACUUGCUUUUUAAUUACAAUAUUAUUUUUAAACAUAAUAUUGCACAGAUUCUACACACAUAAAUAGUAAUAAAUAAAGAAAUGGGUACUAAUGUCAUUUUUACCAAAGUAAUUAUAUUCAAUUACCAAACCUUCUUAAAGCAAGGAAUUUCGUGAUAGCUUCCAAACUUUUUGAAACUUAGAAAGUUCUCGACACAACUAUGAUAUGGCGGAGAUUCCUUGCUGACAUUUAUAUUCCAUUUAUUUUUACUUUGGAGCUGUGAAGAAAGAUAUGUUUACUUGACUUUUUCUUCGCUUUUCUCAUUUAGUUUCUCGCUUAACAUUUAUCGAAGAAUAUUUCAGUCAAUGUUAUCUCAAAUUCUACAAAAAUUUCUAUCAACCUAAGAAGAAAAAAAAAAUGUACAAUUGGGAUAAAACGGAUGAAAGUUUGGUCAAUCAAAUGUGUUUUUGUUGUAUAUCUCCAAGAUUCGUUCCUGCAACAUUUUCAACUUUCCAGUCUGCAGAAGAAACAAAACCAGGUAUCCCUUGUGAUGGGUUAUUGGAUACAGUCAUUCCAAAGCAAAUUGAAAGUAAUUCCAACACUGUAACUAAGCAACCAAUGGAAAGAAAUUUGGUACCUGGCCAGAAUACUAUGCUAGUGUGUUCCCCCAAUGCUCUUCACACAGCUGCCAUAACUGGAGACUAUGCAGAACUGGCAAGACUCUUACACUCUAACACUUUCCCUAUCGAUGGUAUUGAUCAGUUUGGUCGCACUCCACUCAUGUACUGUGUGUUAGCAGAUCGACCUCAUUGUGCUAAACUUUUGCUUAAGGCAGGUUCCAAUGUUAAUAUUAAAGAUAAAGGUGGCCGCACAGCUCUGCAUGGAGCUGCACAUAAGGGUAAUUUUCGUCUAUUGAAAUUACUGUUAUCAAGAAAUGCAAACUGCCGUGAGAAAGACAAUGAAGGUCAAACUGCGAUGCAUCUGUGCACCAGGCAUAAGUCUUUAAAGAGUCUGACACUUUUACUGAAACAAUUGACACCCGGGGAAAUAGAUGAUCAAGAUAAAUACAAGAGAACAGCACUUCACAGAGCAGCAUCCUAUGGCAAUAUUGAUCAUGUAAAGAUGCUUAUUAAACAAGGAUCCAAUAUCAGCAUUCCAGACAGUGAAGGUAAAACUCCCCUCCAUUGGGCUGCUAGCAGUAGAGACCCCACAGCUGUCUCCUGUGUUAAAGUGCUUCUUGAAACUGCUCCUAGUGUAAUCAAUUGGCAGGAUUAUGAGGGGAGAACAGCCUUACAUUUAGCUGUAGCAGAUGGCAAUGAAGCAGUUGUCAAAGUACUGACUUCUUUUGAGACGUGUAAUGUAUCACAACUAGAUAACAAUUUUCGAACAGCUCUGCACUGGGCAGCUGACCUUGGUCACUCACAAAUCAUCAGUAUUUUACUGGACAAUGGUGCUGAUUAUGCUUGUUCAGACUCCAACAGUGCUACUCCACUUCACUAUGCUGCCAAAAACAAUUGUGCUCAAACAGUUGAGGUUUUCCUUUCUCGGAAGAAUGUCACUGAUGAACCAGAUGUUGAAGGUCACACAGCAUUCAUGUGGGCUGCUGGAAAAGGAGCUGAUGAAGUAAUAAAAACCUUUAUUAAGUAUAAUGUAGAUAUCCAGCAAGUUGAUAAGAAUAACGAAACAGCUCUUCAUGCAGCAGCACUCUCAGGUCACUCUUCUACAGUUCAGCUUCUUUUGGAAAAUGGGGCUCACAUCAAUGGAACGAAUUUGAUGAAACAUACACCUUUACUGCGUGCCUGUGAGAUGGGUCAUACAGAUGUCGUUCAAUGUUUGAUAGAAUGGGAUGCUAGGGUGGAUAUGUUUGACCAGGAUGGCCAUUCUCCAUUACACUGGGCAGCUCUUGGAGGACAUGCAAAUAUCUGCCAGAUUCUCAUAAGCUAUGGCAUUGAACCAAACAGUCAAGACCGCUUAGGGAGAACCGCAUUACAAUGUGCUGCAUAUGGUGGUUUUGUAAAUUGCAUGUCCAUGUUGAUGGAACAUAUGGCUGACCCUAACGUACAAGACUUUGAGGGGAAAACUGCCACUCAUUGGGCCUGUAGGCGUGGUCAUCUGGAUGCUGUGAAACUUUUAAUGCAAUAUGGAGCCUUACCAAAUUAUAUGGAUUUCACUGAAGAUCGGUACACACCCCUUGACUAUGCAUUGAUGGAGGAACAUCAUGAUGUAGCUCAGUACAUGAUUGAACAAGGAGCAUUAUCAAUUAUUGGCAUCCAAGAUAUUGCAGCACAGAAAAUACAGUCUUCCUUUCGGGGUUAUCGUGUCCGAAAGACUUUCACAGAGAGAAAACGUCUUCUUAUGAAACAUGAACAGCUAAAGAAAGAGGUGGCCAGAAAACGAGCUGAAGAAGAAGGUAAAAAGAAAGACGACCGACCAACUCCUUCAGAUGGAGAAAUAUGAUGCAGGACUAUUUUUUUUUCCUUGUACUUUCUCUAUUUAAAUUUGUAUGGCUCAACUAAUUCUGAAAUUCAGAAUGAAAAAUAAUAAUCUCCAGUAGGGAAAAAAAUGAAUCUCAAGUUCUUCCAAUCAUUUCUGAUUCGAUAUUAUUGUUGCUGUUAUGGCUAAAACACUACAAUACCUGAAAUGAUUCACAAAUUUUACCAGCAUUCUUUUGUAAACAUCAAUUUGAAAUGUUUUGUUUCAAAAUGAAACAAAAACAUAACUUAAUAUUAUUAUUUCAAGUUCUUAAUUUAAUGCAGUAUUGUACAGCAACUGGCAUUCAUAAAUAUUUGGUAAGUACUGACAAUUGUUAAAUAAAUAUAUGCUUAAAGUAAAAGAUUAAGGAGAAUUCAUAUUGGAAAUAUCCAUUUAUUAUGAUCAUAUUUAUACUUCAGUCAGUGUAGGUGUGAUUGUUUUUACAAUUUUAGUACAAUGAUGUUUUAACUAGUAAACUAUUUCUUUUGUUAAUCCUACCUUGUUUUAUCAUAGUUCUACAUUCCAAGAGUUUGUUUUCUGCUACUUUGAAAACUAACAAACAUAGCAUUUAAUAACUUGGUUCUAGUUAAAAAUCUGUGAUUCUGAAAUUCAAACACUAGUAUUUGAUUAUCCUAAUUCUCAAAUUCAUUCUAAUUCAGUUGACCCGUUAAAAACUAAAUCAGUCCACCUCUCUGUAGAUGAGAGUAUAUCAAUAAUGUCGUGUACAGGAUAGCUGGUUAAUGUGUCUAAGCAGUGGGGUUUUUGGAAGAAUGCAAUCUCAUGAAAUCCUAUCAACAUACGUCAGAGCUCUGCUUUGUUUAUUAACACACAUUAAAUCAACUGUGUUAUUGGAAUAUAUUUACUCCAUUGUCACAGAGUGAUGAAGUAGUUGUGCUGACACUUGAUAGAUAGAACUGAAUCAUAGCAUUUUCUCUUGCUCUGAGCUUCAUAUGAUUUAAAUGUCACAAAAGGUUAUUUGUUACAUACACACACUCCUCCCAACACCAUUCCUACAAGUUAUAGGUCUUUUAACAUACUAGCAUUUAUUUUUAAGAAUUAUUGUUUCUGAUGAUCUGACAAUUGGAACAAUUUCCUUAAUGAUAAUCUAGUAGUACCCUGGUUGACAGGGUGGGGUUAAAAAUACACUUUACCUGCAGGACAUAUGUGUCUAUCCUAUGAGCCAAAACUGCCUACUGGUUGUGUAUGAGAAUAUUAAUACAAUCUGCGGCAAGACUACAAACAAUCUUUACUAAAUUUAUUGAAUUUGAAUAUUGAAAUCAGUCAUUGAUUGUUUUAUUGAAUUUUAUAUGUGCUUUCGUUGGUUCUUGGCAGUCAAUACUGGCACAAUUUUUUUUAUAACAAGCUUUAAAAUUCUAGAAAGCUUAUUUUGUCUUUGUGUUUAAUAAACUUUAUAAGAAAUUGUACUUUUUACUUUGUUAAUAAAAUAUGUCAGCUAAA